AUGGAGGAGCCACAGCCUUACGAUUUGCUCGCCGCGGAAAUAGACCGGGUCGUCACGAGUGUCUACCCCACGCAGCUCAAGCAUCUGCGGGACGUCGUGUGUAUGGUAUGCACAGAUCUCGACGUGGACAGAUGGGUGCUUUCUCGACCAUGUCAGAUCCCUGCGCUGGCAGACCGCAUCCUUGCCGCCUUGCCACAUUGGCCCUAUGUUCUUGGAAUGCUCACAAGACUGGCACGCAAUGUCAAGAUGAGAGAUGCCUUUCUCCUCCGCCAACCAACGUUGCUCUACGACUGCGUGGUCCAUGCUGUCCAAUCCGGAGACACCGAUUCUCGAUAUAAUGCGGCCGCAGUCACCUUGCUCUCACACCCAUUGCCCUCCACCAUCGCUCUCCCCUCCGACUGCCAGAACUUGGUGAUUCGACUGUUCGACCACGCCGCCCGCGCGCCCACCGUGUCCUCCAUCCGUCCAAUCUACCAGAUUCUCAAAGGCACUUCAACCAUGCUUCUCGGCAUCCUGUCCAGCGGCGUCCUCCUUCGCUUCGAAGACCACCUCUUCAACAUUGUCCGCAAUCUAAAAGGCGACGAUCAAUCCCUCAGCCUCUACUGCCUCGCCAUCAUGAAGAUCCUCGCCACCGCUUCCGAAGAGCAAUUGUGCGGCACUGCCCUCAGCUCCUACGACACCCAAGAACUCCUUGCCAGCACCCAGCCCGUCUCUGCCAGUAAAUGGAAGCCAGAUACCGUCCGGCAAUACUUCACCGAACGCAAAGCACAGAAGACGAUGCAGCUGGUGGUGCUGCGAGUCAUGUGGGCCUGCACACCUACGACGGGCGACUCGUUGGACGAGAAGCUGGAGAGUCUGCGGCUGGCCAAUGAAAUCAUCGUCGCAGUGCCUCCGCACGAGAGGCAAACAUGGCGCAAGGCAAAUGCCCUGGUGCCGAAGAAGUUCGAGGAGAAAGUACUGUCGCCGGCGCUGGAGCCAGUCGUGCGCUUUCAUGCGCUGUGCUUUUUGCUGCGUUUGGCGGAAGGUGGUCCGACGCCGCCCGGGGUCGUUGACGGUCUUCGGAAGAUUGUUGUUAAUGUUGACGAUAUUACGAAAGUGGUGGUUGGGGAUGAUACAGCGGUGGCUCAGAGCCUCAUCCAUUCGGCCGUCUUCGAUGCGAGCACCAACACGACUCUGGUACAGAACAUCGUUGACUUCGCUGCCGACUCUGGAUCAUCUGUCGCUUUGGAGUCUUACAACCGCUUGGCAUUCUUACUACAACAAAUGAACGCAGGGAUCGACCAUCAAGAGACCAUCAUCGAAGGCGUCAUGCUUGCACUGGAUGUUUUGGCCUGCGGAAAUAAGCUGCGCAAACUACACCAGCUCAUCAGACUCUCUCCAAAAGACCUCACCCAGCCAACGCACACCGGAGCAUGUGCGCAGACCGUCCAAGAGGCCCGACGUAUCUUGAUCCACGAGCUUUGCGCCAUCUUCCUCAAAGCGAGUCUUCACUCCGCCAACUCCACCUAUUCCAUAUCUCGCGAUACACUUUCCAUGCUGCUCGAAUUGCACGCAUCCUCGGCGAAUCCAUUGAAAUGUGGUCACCAUGCUCAUUAUCAGCUGGCUACGUCCACUCCACUACCGUUCGUCGAAGCCAUCGCAACACCAGCAGACUCCAACACAGACUGGCGACAGCAGCUGAAGUCCGAGAUGCAAUCACGGACGUCUACAGAUGUCGAACGUUUGGAAGCCAUGUUCGCGAAGGCGUGUGCGGAGCUCGAAGAUCACUGCGACAAUGUCGAGCGUCCGCUGCAAGAGGAGCGAGAGAAACUGAAAGCUCUGCAGGAGAAGUACGACGAGCUGAAUCAAGCAUAUGCUGCGCUGGAGAACGAGAGCAUCGACCGCAAUAUCCGAUUUGAUGCUUUGGAGAUGGAGAGGGAUCAAUGCUUGACGGACUUGGAUGCUGUACGAGAGGAGAAUGAGCGAUUUGAAGGCCGAACGUGCGAGCUGAAGAGAAGGCUUGAAGACGCUGAUGCCGCGACUAUUGUCCAGCGGAAUGACAGCAAGCGGACUCUGGAACGGCUGGAGUUGGAGCACGCCGCUGUGCUCGCAUGCAAAGUGGAAGAGAUUGAAGAUCUGCAAUCGCAGACGAGAGGCUUGGAGGAGGAAGUUGUCAAUAAAGAACGAGCGGUGCAGAAGGCUUGCACUGAUGUCGAAGAAGCUUUAUCGAGUGUUGCGGAAUUGCAGGCCAAGUUGGAUGAAUUGAGAGGCGAGAAGGAAGUCCGAGACGGCGAGCUUGCCCUGAUUUCAAAGUCCAGAGACGACGCUGAGCAGAAAGCUGCACGGUUCGAGGCGCAAGUCGCUGAGUUGCAAACCACACUGGCGGCAGCAGAGACUACCUACCAGAGCAAUGCUCGUCAGAUGCAGGUACAAGCCAUGCAGGAUCAGGAAGCAGCGAGAAGCAUGUAUGAUCAGCAACUGGCGGAGCUGACGGCCAAGCACAACGAGAUGACGGAAGGGCUGCAGUUGCAGCUCGCGGAGGCAGAAGAGGCAUUUCUUCGACUUCAAGAGCACCGGGAGUCUGACACUCGACAGCACGAGAGCAGGAUGGACGUGAUGCAGAAAAAGCUCGACCGGCUAACCCGCAAAUGCGAAGAAAAAGACCACCAAAUCGCCGAAGCGGAAGCAAUGCGCAGCAAAAUCAACGACUUCAUCGCCUUGGGUAAGCAAUUUCAAACCGCUCCCCAACCACCAGCCGCGGAACCCCUCCGUCGAUCCCGUCGCUCAUCCGCCGCACCUCCAACGCAACACCAGCCCUUCGAAGAAGACCCCUCGCCGCCAACACCCUUCUCCACCAACGACCACCUUCAAAAGCAGCAACAGCAAAUGCACCAAGACGCCUCCUUCGCCUCCAACCCCUCCUCCACCGAAUCUCGCAACGGUCCGACGCCGAAACGUCCACGACCUAGAAGAUCAUUCCGCAUCGCUGCAGCGUCGCCCGCUGGCUCGCCGCAUACCAUCAGAUCCGUCAGGACGAGUAACGCCGCUGCCCGAACAACGAGAGCAAGCAUUAGCACAGUCGGGAGAAGGCAGCCUUUACUAAGCGUCAGCGCCAAUCAAUCGCCUGCGAAGAGAGUGGGUCGCUCGGCGAAACGGGGUGUGGUGACGAAGAUGCAGGAAGUGGAGGAUGAGUCGUUUGGGGGGAGUGAGUUGUUUGCUGGGACGCCGGCGGCGGGGAGGGGAGUUUGUGAGGGUUUGCUGGAUGAUACUACGGAGCUUUGA